GAGCGGCGCGGCGGCGGCGGGCGGAGGAGGCAGCCCCCGACGGCCCCGACGGCCGCGGCCAUGGCGGAGUCCGGAGCCCCCUCGGGAGGCGACAAAGCGCCCCGGCUCCAGGACCGGGUCCUGGCCGGGAUGCGCUGGGGCCGCCUCCAGGAGCCGCUGGGUUUCGUCAAGGUGCUGGAAUGGGUUGUACCAGAUCCCCUUCGAGAUGCCGGAGUGCGACGGCGAAGCGGAGCCGCGCACCCUGCACCUGGUGGGCGACUUCUCCGCCCCCGCCGAGUUCUUCGUGACCCUGGGGGUCUUCUCCUUCCUCUACGCCAUGGCGGCUCUGGUGCUCUACCUGCGCUUUCAUUCCCUGUACGCCGACAACAAGAAGCUCCCGUUCACGGAUUUCUGCGUCACCGUCUGCUUCGCCUUCUUCUGGCUGGUGGCGGCGGCGGCGUGGGGCAAGGGGCUGAGCGACGUCAAGGCGGCCACGCGACCCUCCAGCCUCAUCGCCGCCAUGAGCGUGUGCCAGGGCCACGACGUGGUGUGCAACGCGGGCGCCACGCCGGCCAUGGGGCUGGCCAACAUCUCCGUGCUCUUCGGCUUCAUCAAUUUCCUGCUGUGGGCCGGGAACUGCUGGUUCGUGUUCAAGGAGACGACGUGGCACGCGCAGGCUGAGCCCCGCGGCGACAGCGCGGCCG